AUGCCGUUCCGAAUCAUCCCACGGCCGCAACCUCUCCGGCGCGUCGUCGGCGUCGUCGCACCUUCUGCCCCGACGACGACGACGACGACAAGAAGGGCCUUCACGUCGACCCCACGAUUCCGGUUGAAGGAGGACACGCCGCAGAGUGCGGAAGAGAUUGAGGCGGCGAAGCAGGAGCAGCUGAAGACGGGCAGGCGCAAGGGAGAGCUGAAAUCGCAGUCGGAAGCUGCCGUGGGCGCGGAUCAGCAGAAGGUACGGGAUCACGGGGAGCAUAUGGCGGAUUUGCAGGAGCAGACGGCGAAGCAGAAGCAGGAGGAACAUCCUCAGGGGAAGUCGUAG